UAGCAUAAUUGAUGAACCCGGCAAACUCUCGUCUUCAACAGUCUCCAAUUUUAAACUUUCUUCUCUCUCCAUUUUCUCUCUCUAUCUUAAACUUUUAGCAAACGGAAUAGCAAUUUGCAUAUCCUUUAAUAUCUCAAAUUCGAUCCCGCAAAUCUAUCACCGAGCUUCUGAAUUGAGAUAGAGAAGUUUUCUUCUUCUUUUUUUUCAUUUUAAUUUUCAGUUAUUUCUCAGUUCUACGUUUAUGUUAAUUUUUGUCCAUUCUUGGUUUUCGUUUGUCUGACUUAGUAUCUUAAAAUGUGCUAAUAUUUUCCGUAAAUGGGAUUGCGAAAAUGAAGAAAUGUAAAUUUUGCUUUCAAUUAAAAGGAGGUAAAUUUUCAUUUUACAAUCUCGUUAAGAAAUGGUGCGAUAUUGCGGUUGAUUAGUUCAUUAUCUAAUAUUUAUCAAUUUGAUUCUUAGGGAUUAGGUUGAAUUGAGCUGGAUUAGCUAUAUUAUAUUCUGUUCACGAAAAAUCACCGAAAGAAAGUCUACUUUUUGUGAAGGAACUAUAAAAUGUCUAAUGGCCAAUCUUUGUUUUUGCAAAUGGAAACCGCUUGUGGAUCUCUUUUACAUGAAUUGCAGAUACUAUGGGAUGAGAUUGGGGAAUCUGAUGCUGAUCGGGACAGAAUGUUGCUUGAGCUAGAACAAGAAUGUUUAGAGAUAUACAGAAGAAAAGUAGAAUGGGCUAACACGUGUAGAGCUCAGCUAAAGCAGUCAAUUGCUGAUGCUGAAGCAGAGCUUGCUGCUAUCUGCUCCGCCAUGGGAGAAAGACGAUUACAUACUAGGCAGUCUGAUAAAAACCCUGGAAGCUUGAAGGCGGAACUUGGUGCUGUUCUUCCACAGAUAGAGGAGUUGCGGAAGAGGAAAUGCGAUAGAAAAAAUCAAUUUACAGAAGUCUUAAAGCAUAUACAAAGCCUUAAGAGUGAAAUUUAUGGGUCUGCAGAGAAUACGUCUAGUGACACUGUAGUGGAUGAAACUGAUUUGUCUUUAAGAAAGCUUGAAGAAUUGCACAGACAGCUGCAGUCAAUUCAUAAGGAAAAGAGCAAACGUCUGAAGCAGGUUCUGGACAGCAUGAAUUCUUUGAAUUCAGUGUGCUCAGUGCUCGGUUUGGAUUUUAUGCAAAUUGUCAGCGAGGUUCACCCCAGUUUAGGGGAAAAUGAAGGUUCAAAAGACAUUAGCAGUGAUACCAUAGAGCAGUUGGAAGUUUCUAUACAAAGACUUCGAGAACUCAAAUUACAGAGGAUGCAGCGGCUACAAGAUCUUGCUGCUUCAUUAUUGGAGCUUUGGAACUUGAUGGACACUCCAAUUGAAGAGCAACGGAUAUUUCAGAAUGCUACUUGUAAUCUAGUUGCUUCAGAAAAUGAGAUAACAGACCCCAAUAUGCUUUCUAUCGAAUAUAUUAAUUAUGUUGAGGCAGAAGUUUCUCGGUUGAAAGAGUUGAAAGCUAGCAAAAUAAAGGAGAUUGUUCUAAAAAAGAAAUCAGAGCUAGAAGAUAUUUGCAAGAAAACGCAUUUGAUUCCAGAAUCAGAUAGUACAAUGGACAUAACUAUUGAUGCGAUUGAAUCCAGAGCUGUUGAUCCUGCUUGUGUGCUUGAAAAAAUUGAGCGUGAAAUAGCUAAAGUUAAAGAGGAAGCCCUUAGCAGGAAAGAAAUACUUGAAAGAGUUGAGAAGUGGAUAGCUGCACGUGAGGAGGAGAACUGGCUUGAGGAGUAUAAUAGGGAUGAAAAUCGCUACAAUGCUGGGAGAGGUACUCAUCUUAAUCUGAAACGUGCUGAAAAAGCUCGUGUGUUAGUCAGUAAACUUCCAGCAAUGGUGGACGCAUUGGCAUCAAAGACCUCAGCAUGGCAAAAUGAGAGAGGAGUGGUUUUUACUUAUGACGAAACGUGUCUUCUUUCAAUGCUUGAAGAGUAUACUGCUUUACGGCAUGAAAAGGAGCUAGAGCGCAAAAGGCAGAGGGAACAAAAGAAACUCCAGGGACAGUUACAAGCCGAACAGGAGGUUCUUUAUGGUUCAAAAUCGAGCCCGAUGAAGAAUCAAAGUAUCAAGAAAGGACCAGGUUCGUCAUCCGGUGGUCCAAGCAAUAGAAGUCUUUCUUUUAAUGGAGCUAUGCUGCAGACUCCUAAUACACCACACAAUGUCAAGAAAAAUGAACGUGUGAAUCGGGACAAUCUUAGGGAAGAAGGUUUGGAGACAUCGAGUAUUCCGGCAAAUCAGCAUUCUCUCAGCAUAAUGAAUGCUUGUGAAACAGAGUCGCCUAAGAUUCGAAAGCUGUUCACUCCCAUAUCUUCUUUCAUGGAUUCAUCAAAGUCGAAUGCAACUAAUAAUUUGGAAGAUCCAAGUGAAAAAAGUAACGAUACUUUUCACACGACACUUCCAAAUAACAACACACAGCUUACUACUCCUUCCACGAUAAUUUCUGCCAUGGAGGAAGAGAAUCGAACUCCCAGAACUCAUCCUUCUACACCUUCAACAGCAUCCGUUUCAAUGCAGAUGGCCAUGACGCCAGCUCCUGCUGCAGCUCUUCCGUGUAAUGACAAGCCAACUGAAGAUGCUGAAGAGACUGAAUACUCCUUCGAGGAGAGGAGAGCAGGAUUUGUGCUGUCGACUACAAAUUCAGAGAAUACAUUACAGGUGUUGUAGAAAGCAAAUUAUUCUUUAUAUAUUCAUUUAUAGCUUGUGAUCUUAAGCCAAUUUAAAUGGCUUGUUUAUCGUGUAAAUAGUCGAACAUAGACCAGGAUGUUGAAAUCGCUUCACCUCUCACUAUAUGUAAUAAGAGUUACAGAAUACUUUGCUAA